AUGGCCAGAAAACACGGAGCCCCCGCGGACUUCCAAGACAACGCUGCGUCUCCGGUCCGCAAGAAGCGACGCAUUGUCUGGCGCGACAAUGACUCGGACGGCGCCAAUAGUAUCCGGCACCGUCGCCACCCCCGGCCGAAACCCUUCACCAAGGCCGAUGCAAAAGCGUUGUAUCGUCAGAUGCAAGAUUUUGAGAAUGAGUACAAGAAUGAAGGUUACACAAUCACCGGAGACACGCCCCCCAAGGACAUCGAUAUCACAAUGACUCGCGGCACUCUGCACCUCCGGCACCGCGAGAUUCGCAACGCUCUCGACCGAACCUUCUCCGCCCACUCGUCCCGCGUCUUGCAUCAUUCAUGCCGGACCUACCGUCUCCUGACCGGAUACCGCGCCGCUCUGGCCCGCCACCGAGCCCUCUGGCGCCACCGCAGAGAAGUCCGCCGCACCCUCCGCAUCACCCACGCCCUCGACCGGAAGAACGCCCGUCUCGUUGCCGACGAGGCCGCCGCCGACGCAGACACCGAGCGAGACUUCCACGACGACAAAGACCCGUCGUGCCAGCGGGUCCGUUUUGACAAGAGGCGCAAGUGGUACCGCACCGUCAAGAAGGACAUGCGUCGCCGAGGCCAGUGGAUCUCCAAGGAGGCGCCCGGCCCGGGCAUCGAGUGGGAGCCCGUGAACGUGCACGAGGCCCCAGGCGCGCGGGUGAGGUUCUACAACCCCGUCGCUGGCGAUUGGAUCCUGCCGGCGCACGUCAAGAGCCAGGGAGAUCUUAAUGUGUAUCUGAACCAGCUGGGCUUGCUCUUCAGCUUGCCCUUCCGUCAUCCGGAAGCUCGGCCGUGGGUUUGA